AUGCAUAUCAAACACCCCAUUUUGAUGAAUGGGAUACUUGUUCAAUAUUCGGUAAUGGCAAUAUUUCACGAUGAAGUUGAAAUCGAGGACAUGGACUACGACGAAGAUGAAGAAAUGUACUAUUAUCCUUGCCCUUGUGGUGAUCGUUUCGAAAUUUCUAAGGAGGAAUUACAGAUGGGUGAAGACAUUGCUAAAUGUCCCAGUUGUUCCCUGAUUAUCCGAGUUAUCUAUGAUCCUGAAGAUUUUUUACCGGAAACUGAAGAGGAGAAGGAAGCAGAAGUUAUGUCAGUUACUGACAAGAAUAAUGAAAUUAGCCUUAUUCGCUCCGUUUUUACACCUGAAGAGCUCGUUUUCGACGAUCCGUCGUUUAUCGACGAAUUUGAUCUCCUGGCUUCACAGGACGUUCAAAUAGAAGACAGGGAUGUACACCUAACCUUGAAGCUUGCGUUUUCAGAAUUAUCAGUUACCGUCCUCUUAACAGUCUGCCUACCUCGCGGUUAUCCUCGCGUACGCCCCUCAGUUCUUUUGCGUGUUUCCCAAUCUACUUACAUUAUUAAUGAAAAGGCCUUGAGCGCAGCCCUCAAUGAGUGGUUAAAAGAAGCAUGUGCCUCUCAUGAGCCCAUUAUCUGUUCCCUGGUUGAUUGGCUUCGUUCUGCUCUGGAGGAAGAUAACCGGGAUGCCUACCUCGGCCGUGCUGCCAUUAAAAAUGUUCAGCCUGCAGAUGAUUCCCAUGAAACCCCAAGCGAUUGCCCUGGUGAAUCUUCCAAGACCACUUCUCAAACUUCCGACACUGAUUUCUGCUAUUGGAUCUUCUCCCAUCAUAUUCGAAAUCCCAAAAAAAGAAAAGUGAUUGUGGAUUGGGCCAGAGAAUUGGGCCUCACUGGAUGUUGUCUUCCUGGAAAACCAGGAAUUAUAGCUGUUGAAGGACCAGAAUACAGGGUGGAGGAGUAUUGGAAGCGUAUUCGUGUAUUGACGUGGAAACGCAUUCAGGUAAAGGAUAGAGAAGCGAUUAAGGAAAGGAGAUUUCAUGAUGGGUUCUUUGAAGUUGGUGGAACUUUAGCAGAGAAGAUUGGCUAUAUGAAGGGGAAUGGAGUAACUCAGAAGAGAAUUGCUCAAAUCUUCGGAUUCAAAGUGGAUGAAUCGGCUAGUGGUAAUGAAGAUGAUGAUGGUUCGAAUAGUUUAAAAUAG